ACAAUAAUUGAUAUAAAAUAUUAAGAGCUAUGCUUAGCUAAAAAUCAGUCCACGGUAUUUUCAGGCUGUAUAGAGCUUUCUCUUUCCAUUAUGAUUCUCCUAUGGUUCCACUGUAAUCAAUGAUUCUCCAGGCACUAUCCUUCUCAUUCCUCUGCGUAUAUAAUGCCACAGCCGUUGCCCUCCCCCUUCUCUCAAACCAAAAAACCAUCUUCAAACCUCGGAAGAAUAAAAAAGAUGCCUCUCACCUCCAUCUUCUUUUUCUUGUUCCUCCUCCCCUCCUUCCUUCCUCACCUCUCUCACUCCCUCCAAUCCCAAUCCAACUUCCUCUCUCUAAUGCAACAAUCCCUCUCCGGCAUCACUAGCAACUGGAAUUUCACCGCCAGCAACCCCUGUAACUUUUCCGGCAUCACCUGUGAUGAUGACGAGCACCAAAAUAUAGUCCAAAUUGACCUCUCCUCCUCCUCGCUCGCCGGAAAGUUCCCUCCCGGCAUCUGUUCGUUCCUGCCGCUUCUCCGCACCCUUCGUUUAGGCUUCAACAACAUCCUCAACGGCUUCCCAAUUGACCUCCUCAACUGUUCUCACCUAGAAGAGCUCAACCUCACGAGCUCUAGAGUCACUGGAACCAUACCUGAUUUGGCCCGACUCCAAUCUCUUCGUUCUCUUGACCUCUCCAACAACUCCUUCUCCGGAGACUUUCCACUCUCUAUAACAAACCUCACCAAUAUCGAAUUUAUGAACUUUAAUCAAAAUCCAACCUUUAAUGUUUGGAGGCUGCCGGAAGCCAUUACAGGGCUAAAGAAGCUCAGGGUAUUGAUUCUUUCGACAAUUUCCAUGCGAAGGGAUAUACCUCCAUGGAUUGCUAACAUGACCUGGCUCACUGAUCUUGAGCUUAGUGGGAAUUUGCUCGUUGGAAAGAUUCCGGCGACUAUUGGAAGAAUGAAGAAUCUCCAGUUACUGGAGCUGUAUUAUAACCUGCUCGAAGGAGAGAUACCAGAGGAGCUUGGAAACUUAACAGAGCUUGUAGAUAUCGACUUGUCAGUAAAUAAGCUCACCGGAAGAAUACCGCAAAGUCUCUGCCAGCUGCCGAGGCUUGGAGUUCUGCAGCUUUAUAGCAACAGACUCACCGGAGCAAUCCCGCCGGUGCUCGGAAACUCGACGUCGCUUACAAUUCUGUCAGUUUAUCGAAAUUCACUCUCCGGCAAGGUUCCGCCAACUCUCGGCAAGUUCUCUGAGCUGCUUGUACUUGAGCUCUCAGAGAAUCAGUUCUCAGGGGAAUUGCCAAAAGAUACUUGCACUGCAGGCAAGUUGCUUUAUUUCUUAGUGCUUGACAAUCAAUUUUCUGGCGAGCUACCGGAGAAUUACGUGAGGUGCUGGUCUAUGCUGCGUUUUCGAGUAAACAACAACGAGCUGGGCGGUGAAGUACCAAGCUUGCUCUUUGGGCUUCCUUAUGCUUCCAUUAUUGAUCUGAGCUUCAAUCAUUUUCACGGAAACUUUACGAAAUAUAUAGAAAAUGCCAAGAAUUUAUCAGCACUAUUCUUGCAAAACAAUAAGUUUUCUGGCGGGCUGCCGCCGGAGAUCUCAAAAGCCGCCAGUUUGGUGAAGAUAGAUCUCAGCAAUAAUCUUUUCUCAGGUCCAAUUCCCGCUGAAAUAGGGUACUUGAGCAAGAUGAACCAGCUUUCGUUGCAGGGGAACAAGCUUGACUCUGUCAUUCCUGAAUCCCUUUCUUUGCUUAAGUCCCUCAAUAUGCUUAACCUCUCAAAUAAUCUCCUCACAGGGGAGAUACCCAACAGCCUCUGUGAUAUCCUCCCCAGUUCACUGGACCUUUCAAACAACCAGCUUUCUGGUCCAGUUCCUCUCCCUCUUAUCAAAGAUGGACUUAUUGAAGGGGUUUCAGGCAAUCCUCGAUUGUGUGUUCCAAUUUAUCUCAAUCUCACUGAGCCAAUUCUUCCACUGUGUCCACAACCCAGCUUUAGAAAGAGACUGAGCGGCAUAUGGGCCAUUUUAGUUUCUGCAAUUCUGUCAAUUCUCGGGAUUCUCUUGCUGGUUAAGCGCUGGUUGGGCAAGAAGAACACGUUUAUCGAGCGCGAUCAACUUUCAACCGGCUCGUCUUUCCCCUACGACGUCACUAACUUCCACAAGCUAAGGUUUGAUCAGCACGAGAUAGCAGAAGGGUUGAUUCAUAAAAACAUUGUUGGUCAUGGAGGAUCCGGCACCGUCUACAAGAUAGAACUAAGUGAUGGUGAGUCGGUUGCCGUGAAGAAGUUAUGGAGAAAAAUGGCAAAGGAUUCUUCAUCCACCGAAAAGAAGAAUUUUGAAAGGGAGCUGAGGGCAGAGGUGGAGACACUAGGGAGCAUCAGACACAGAAACAUUGUAAAGCUCUACUGCUACUUAUCAAGCUUAGAUACCAGUCUUCUUGUUUAUGAGUACAUGCCUAAUGGAAACCUCUGGGAUGCUCUUCACAAUGCCGGGAACUUCCUGAAUUGGCGUAGCAGGAAUCGGAUUGCACUUGGGGUAGCGCAGGGACUGGCUUACCUUCACCAUGAUCUCUUGCACCCCAUCAUUCAUCGAGAUAUUAAGAGCUCAAACAUACUCCUUGAUGCAGAUUUCGAGCCAAAGGUUGCAGAUUUUGGAAUUUCCAAGGUCUUGCAUGCUGGGAUGAACUACACAGCAUCCACCACUGUGAUUGCUGGCACCCAUGGAUACUUUGCACCAGAAUAUGCCUACUCCACCAAAGCAACUACAAAAUGUGAUGUCUAUAGCUUUGGUGUGGUGCUCAUGGAGCUGAUAACAGGGAAGAAACCGAUCGAAGCUGAAUUUGGGGAGAACAAAGACAUCAUUUACUGGGUUUCAAACAAGAUGAAUACCAGAGAUGGGAUAUUGGGGGUAUUGGAUAAGCGGCUAUCAGCCAGCCCAUUCAAGGAAGAGAUGAUCCAAAUGCUGAGAAUUGCGAUGCGGUGCACCUGUAGCUUGCCAGCCCUUCGGCCAUCCAUGAAUGAGGUUGCCCAGAUCUUGUUAGAGUUAGAAACAUGCAAGUAUGAUGUAAAAAAUGGAUCAUCAAUCAAGCUAAAGGAUUCAGUUCCCAUCACAAAGACUAGUGACUGAAUUUGAGCCAAGAUUGGUGAUCACGAUAGUACCAGGAUCACUUCUUGGCUUAAGAAGCACUUGUUAAAUAUAUUGGUUUGACAUGACAUCUGGGACUUAAAGAGGUCUUUUGGUUCCUCUAAUGUUAUCAUUUCCUUCUUUUUCUUUCUUGUUUUAAGAUUGAAUAAAGCUACUCCCCAAAUCUACACUUUAAAUGAA